AUGGCUGUCCGAAAGAUCCCGAAACCGCCACCAGAACGCCGAAUGCUCAACUUGGCUACGGGAGAGUUUUACAACGCGAAGACUAAGCGCCCGGGGACGUUCAGAGUCGUGACAUACAACAUCCUGUCCGAAAUUUAUGCGAACGCCCAAGCCUAUCCACGCUGCCCGUCAUGGGCGUUGGCAUGGACGUACCGGAAGCGCAAUUUGAUCCGCGAGAUGGCCCAAUUCGAUGCAGAUAUCCUGUGCCUGCAAGAGGUCCAGGCUGAUCACUACGAAGAUCACUUUCAGCCAUACUUUUCGCGUCUUGGCUACGAAGGUUGCUUCAAGGUGAAGACGAGAGAAUCAAUGGGGCGAAAGGGCAAAAUUGAUGGAUGCGCAACCUUCUUUCGAAAAGACAUGUUUGUCUUACGAGAACAGCACAUUGUAGAAUAUAACGCCAUUGCACACUCAAGGACAAAGGAAUCGCGCACUUUGAAUAGAUGUCUGAAGGGUAAUGUCGGCCUCAUUCUCAUCCUCGAUGUUAUCGACGGGUCAGGGCCAAUCGUUGUUGCAAACACUCACACUUACUGGGACCCAGACCUCACAGAUGUCAAAUUGUUCCAAGUGGAUGUCUUCAUGCAGGAACUGGAGUUAUUAAUUUCAAGUCGCAGACUAGGUCCCGACGUCCCAAUUAUCCUUGGAGGUGAUUUCAACUCCGAACCGGUUAGCUCUGUCUACGAGUUGAUAUCAACAGGGACGUGCUCGCUCACGAAGCCAGAUGUCCCAGAUGACAUAUACAACGUUCUGUCUUCGUGUCGCUUGCAGCAUAAUCUGCACAUGCGCUCGACGUAUGCUCUGACCGGUUCAGAACCAGCGUUCACGAAUUAUACGCAUAAUUUCGUUGGCGUGUUAGAUUACAUUUGGUAUGGCUCUGACAGUAUUGUACCAACGGCAGUCAUGGAGAUUCCGGACGUACAGCGGCUGUUCGGUAAGGAAGCAGAGACGAACGCCGAGGACGGGAUUCCCAACGCACAGUGGAGUUCUGAUCACGUUGCACUCAUGGCAGAUUUUCAGCUUCUGAAACGGCCAGGCAUGACCCAUCACCAGAUGUAAUUCCCUUUUCCCUGUAGCAAAACCUCUUUCACUCCAUUGCCAAUACAGUUUAACACGUUGAACAAACGCGCUGUUGUACUGGAUCUCCAAGAUGACGGGAGAGGCAAGGUUUCCCUUCCUUUCUUAUUCGCAUGACCAUAACCCCAUGCACGUAAAUACGAACGACGCCCGUGUUAUCCACAAUUAAUGCGCGAGUGUCUCCACU